GCUGGGGCCGCCGCCGCCGCUCCUCUGCAGUUGCUUCGAUUUUUCUCUCGCUCCCCAACAAGCGGCGCUUGCGCAAAGGACUCAGCGCUGAGGUGGCCGAGUUAGCGGGAGGAGCCCAGAUUGUCUAAAGCCACAGGGAAGAUGGUGGAAAAUUCACCGUCGCCAUUGCCAGAAAGAGCGAUUUAUGGCUUUGUUCUUUUCUUAAGCUCCCAAUUUGGCUUCAUGCUGUACCUUGUAUGGGCUUUUAUUCCAGAAUCUUGGCUAAAUUCCAUAGGUUUAACCUACUGGCCGCAAAAAUACUGGGCAGUCGCAUUACCGGUAUACCUCCUUAUUACAAUAGUAAUUGGGUAUGUCCUCUUAUUUGGCAUUAACAUGAUGAGCACCUCUCCGCUGGACUCCAUUCACACAAUCACAGAUAGCUAUGCUAAAAACCAACAGCAGAAGAAGUACCAGGAAGAAGCCAUUCCAGCAUUAAGAGAUAUUUCUAUUAGUGAAGUAAAUCAUAUGUUCUUCCUUGCAGCCAAAGAACUUUAUACCAAAAAUUGAACCAUAUGAAAACAUACUAACACCAAGUUUUAAUAAAUUUUUGACAUCAUA